GUUAACUGGAAAUAGGAGAUAAAAUCUUCAAGCUUCAUAGAUCUGGCAUUCUCUCUCAAAUAUUACUGAAAGGUGGACUAUCGUGGCAUUCUUUCUCUUCCUGUAUUUUCUGACAGCACCAUCCUAAACACAUGGGCAAAAUGCUGACCCCGGAAACCAUGGUGCAGAGAGUUGCAAUCAUCGGAGCUGGUGUCAGUGGACUGGCCUCCAUUAAGUGCUGUCUGGACGAGGGGCUAAAGCCCACCUGCUUUGAGAGAAGCAAUGACAUUGGGGGACUCUGGAGGUUCUCAGAAACAACAAAAUCUGGGAGGAUCAGUGUCUAUAGAUCUGUGAUAACAAACACCUCCAAGGAAAUGUCCUGUUUUAGUGAUUUCCCCUUCCCAGAUAAUUUUCCCAACUACCUACACCAUUCCAGGCUCUUGAACUACUUUCGAAUGUAUGCUGAGCACUUUGACCUUCUCAAGUAUAUACACUUCGGGACCACAGUUCACAGCAUAAGGAAAUGCCCAGAUUUUUCUGCCAGUGGCCAGUGGGAAAUUGUCACUGAGGCCAAUGGGGAACAGAAGUCCUCCAUCUUUGAUGCUGUUAUGGUUUGCAGUGGCCAUUAUGCAGAGCCACAUUUGCCACUGGAUUCUUUUCCUGGUAUAAGAAAUCGCUUUAAAGGCCAGUGCCUCCACAGCUGGGAGUACAAAGACUCAGAUGAUUUCAAAGGAAAAAGAAUCCUUGUGGUCGGUACUGGGAAUUCUGGAGGAGAUAUUGCUGUGGACCUCAGUCAUGUGGCUGCUCAGGUAUUUCUCAGCACCAGAAGUGGCACAUGGGUGGUUAGUCGUGUUUCAAACCAGGGCUUCCCUCUUGACAUGGUGUUCACCACACGCUUUGCCAACUGUGUUGAAUGGUUGCUCCCAUCAGUCCUCGCGAGCAGGAUCAAGAGAGAGAAAUUCAGCGCAUGGUUUAACCAUGAAAACUAUAGUUUGUUUCAGCAAAAAAGUCAAGAGCUACAUUUGAUUGUGAAUGAUGAGCUGCCAAGCUGCAUUCUCUGUGGUGCUGUCGUGGUAAAACCAAAUGUGAAGGAGUUUACUGAAACCUCGGCUAUCUUUGAAGAUGAGACUGUCAUGGACAACAUAGAUGUGGUGGUCUUUGCCACAGGAUUCACUGUGUCUUUUCCUUUCCUUGAAGAGUCAGUUCAGAAUGUCUGCAAAAGCAAGACCUCCCUUUACAAAUAUGUCUUCCCACCCCAACUGGAGAAGCCAACACUGGCUGUCCUUGGCUUUAUACAGCUAACAGGCUCCAUCAUGGUAGGAACGGAACUCCAGGCUCGCUGGGUCACAAGAGUUUUUAAAGGGUCAAAUAAGCUCCCUCAAGUCAGCAGAAUGAUGACUGAUGUUUCCAAGGAAAAGGAACUUUUAAUGAAACGAUAGACUCGUCCUGGUAAAGCUACCAACUGGCUCCAAGUUUCUGAGACAGCACUGACUUUUGGAGCUGUGUUUCAAGGAGUCCUUGGAGCCACUGGGACACAACUGUUUUUUUGGAUUUGAAAAAAAGGUCACGUAUUAGCACUGUUGUGUCUGAGAUCAUGAAGCAUGAUGUUGCUUGACACGGUGUUUAUGCAGUCACUACCUGAGCUAAUUAGUUUUGUCUCUCAGCAGAGCCAAUUAACCUACUUGCAGCAUUGCACUGGUGACUAUACUAAGUGCAAAAUAUGGUGUAUCCAUUCUGGAAGUCUCUGGAGAAUCUGGGACUAUGUCCUGGAUGUGGUUUCUUGAAAAUUGAGUACCUGGGCCCUCCAUCCCUCUUCCAGCUUCUGAGUUCUGUGGCAACACAUGGCAUGGCAUGGCACAGGGCACUGAGGGUAAGAUCCGGGCCAGAUGGCACAGCAGUAGGGAGGGACACGCAUGCAGGCACACACUGUAGUGGUGGGAGGGAUACCCAUGCAGAAGGUGGGCCAGGGGCAGCCUAUAGGACACCUGGCUACUUAGAAGUUGGAUAACUAUGAUGUAAAAUAUCACAAGACUUUUAGAGACUCUCUUCAGUGUUGUCCACACAUAGGAUAUUCGGUGGCUUUGUUUGAAAUUACUUGAUUACAUGGAAAGUUUAGAUUGAUUAUUUUAAAACAAAAUAAUACUAAGCCUACACGCAAAACCUGUACUGCUUGUCCUAUAGUACUAUAAAUAAAAUGAUAUAAACACUA